GGGGAGAGGAUUCAGGGAGCACUUAGACCUUCCAAGAGAGAAGUACACUGCUGCUUAAGAAAAUAGAGGUGUGUGUGAAUUCUGAAAGUGCUAUUUUUUGUCAGUAAAAUAGAUCAUUAUAUAAUCCUGCAGCUCGCCCUGUCGUGAAAGAACUAAUUUCACUGUUCUGUCCAGAUUUCUAUAAAAUUAACAAACUUGGCUUUGUAGGAAAUAACAAUGGUCUUGUUGCUUUAAUACAUCUCUUCCUUUGCAUAUAGAGAUAUCCUGCGUGUUAUUGAGGGGUGUAGUGGCUGUUGUUUAAAGAUACCUCUAUUUGUAAAUACAUAGUUAUUGACACAGCUAGUGUUAAUGACCAAUAUGCUUCUGCAAGGAGAAAGGGCGGGGGAUUUAUCCCAAAGUAGUGCUCCACAGAAUGCAGAGUUGCAAUGUAAAAUAAUGUAUUCUAAUACUUGAAUACUGUUAAUGCUUUUAUUCAAGUGUUAUCCAUUGUUCAGAGAUUUUCUAGAUUGUUUCUCUCUUGUGAGAGAAUAUCGGAGGAGUGAACAUUGGCAUUUUCUUAACUUGUAUAAAUGUGCAUUUAUAGUGGACCAAAUAACAUCCUGAAUAUACGCCAGAACUCCAGGGAACAGUUCAUUUGCCGGAUUUCCAUCCCACUCCCUCUCUGCUCUUUUGAACAUCUGUAUUGAAAUAACUUUCCCUGCUCUUUCUCCCCACUCUGCAUUUGAGACACCCUUAUACACCCCCUUGAACCGUAUGGGCCAGGAACUACACAAGUUGUUUCGAGAAGUACGAAUAAUGAAGAUACUGAAUCAUCCCAAUAUUGUAAAAUUAUUUGAAGUUAUUGAAACUGAAAAGACAUUGUAUUUGGUAAUGGAAUAUGCCAGUGGGGGAGAAGUGUUUGACUACCUAGUUGCACAUGGAAGAAUGAAAGAGAAAGAAGCUCGUGCAAAAUUCAGGCAGAUUGUAUCUGCUGUGCAGUACUGUCAUCAGAAAUGCAUAGUUCAUCGUGAUCUUAAGGCAGAAAACCUUCUACUUGAUGCAGACAUGAACAUUAAAAUUGCAGACUUUGGUUUUAGUAACGAAUUUACAGUUGGUAAUAAACUGGACACGUUUUGUGGAAGCCCACCUUAUGCCGCUCCUGAACUUUUCCAAGGAAAGAAAUACGAUGGUCCUGAAGUGGAUGUGUGGAGCCUUGGGGUGAUUCUGUACACACUAGUAAGCGGAUCAUUGCCAUUUGAUGGUCAGAAUCUAAAGGAACUGAGGGAGCGAGUACUGAGGGGAAAGUACCGUAUUCCAUUCUAUAUGUCCACAGACUGUGAAAAUCUACUGAAGAAGCUGCUAGUACUGAAUCCAAUAAAACGAGGCAGCUUGGAACAAAUUAUGAAGGAUCGGUGGAUGAAUGUUGGCCAUGAAGAAGAAGAACUAAAGCCAUAUACUGAGCCUGAACCAGAUUUCAAUGACACCAAGAGAAUAGACAUUAUGGUCACAAUGGGCUUUUCAAGAGAAGAAAUCCAUGAGUCUUUAGUAAACCAAAAGUAUGAUGAAGUCAUGGCUACUUAUCUGCUUCUAGGUAGAAAACCACCUGAAUUUGAAGGAGGUGAGUCCUUGUCCAGCAGCAACUUGGGUCAAAGGUCUCGUCCUAGCAGCGACCUCAACAACAGUUCUGUGCAGUCUCCUGCUCACCUGAAGGUCCAACGGAGUAUAUCAACGAAUCAGAAACAGCGGCGGUUCAGUGAUCAUGGUGGGGAUGACAUUCCAACAAUCGGUCCCUCAAUUCCUCCUGCUGUGUCAUACACAAAAAGGGCUCAGGCAAAUAGUGUGGAAAGUGAACAGAAAGACGACUGGGACAAGGAUGUCUCACGCAAACUUAGCAGCACUACAGUGGGAUCCAAAGGGGAGAUGGCUGCAAGUCCACUUGUAGGUCCAGAAAGAAAGAAAUCAACUACAGUUCCCAGUAAUAAUGUAUUUUCUGGUAGUGGAAUGACAAGGAGGAAUACUUACGUUUGUGAACGUUCUUCAGAUCGCUAUUCUGCAAUACAGAAUGGGAAGGACAACAGCCUAACAGAAAUGUCUGCAAGUAGCACAUCUUCUGCAGGCUCUGCAGUAGCUUCUGCUGUAUCAACACGGCCUCGACAUCAAAAGUCUAUGUCUGCCUCUGGUCAUCCUAUAAAAGUUACACUGCCAACCAUCAAAGAUGGCACUGAAGCUUACCGACCAAGCAGUGCAACUCAAAGAGUGCCUGCUGCUUCCCCGUCUGCUCAUAGUAUUAGCACUACCACUCCAGACCGAACCCGCUUUCCUCGGGGGAGUUCAAGUCGAAGCACUUUCCAUGGUGAGCAGCUAAGGGAGCGGCGUAAUGCCACUUACAAUGGACCGCCCGCCUCACCAUCACAUGAAACCGGUGCUUUUGCACAUGCUAGAAGAGGGACAUCAACUGGUAUAAUAAGCAAGAUAACUUCCAAGUUUGUUCGCAGGGAUCCAAGUGAAGGCGAAGCCAGUGGCAGAACUGACACCUCAAGGAGUGCUUCUGGGGAGCCGAAAGACAGAGAGAAGGAGGAUAGCAAAGAUUCAAAGCCACGCUCCUUGCGGUUCACAUGGAGUAUGAAGACCACUAGUUCUAUGGACCCGAACGAUAUGAUGCGAGAGAUUCGGAAAGUGUUAGAUGCUAAUAACUGUGAUUACGAACAAAAAGAGAGGUUUUUGCUCUUCUGUGUUCACGGUGAUGCACGACAAGAUAGCCUUGUUCAGUGGGAGAUGGAAGUCUGCAAACUGCCACGAUUGUCGCUCAAUGGAGUUCGGUUCAAGAGAAUAUCUGGGACUUCUAUCGCAUUUAAGAACAUUGCAUCCAAGAUAGCAAACGAGCUUAAGCUGUAAAGAGAACCUAAAUUUUUUGGGAUCAGGGAAGAUUCAUACAUGAUCUACACUUUGAAUGUACUGGUUACGCCUAAUGUGAUUGGCCUGUGAAACUCCCCAUGUAGAAAUUGCCCUUAUUGCAAUAAGGUUAUACAUAGUUAUUCAGAAUUGUAAAGUUAAAUCCAGUAUGACCUAUAUUAAAUAACUGUAGCUAAAGAAGUUAUGUUCACAUGUACAGGUAAGUAUAUAGAGCAUUCUGUUCAUUUUAUGUUCAUAGAGUUGUAUAAUAAAAAGAUGACUGCUUAAAUUCAGAUCUUGUAUAGUUGUCUAGAUUUCUGCACAGAAAUGUAUGUUUGAUGCUUUGAGUUGGAAAAGUUCUUCCCUAUCAUUUACAUUUUUGGUGGUUUUUAUAAGUCUUACCUCUAUCAUGCGUUUUUUAAAAAACUUGUGUCCCGAGUCAAAUGCACAAAAGUAGUUUUCACAACCGUAGCAUGACCAUUUUUAAUUAAAGAUUGUUCAUGAUUUGAACCAAAAGUCGAUGAAUAAUUGGCUUUUGUUCUAUGCGAGACUGUUCCUGCUUAUCUUUGGCUCUUAUCCUUGUUAUUGGACAGUGUUUAGUUGAAAAAAAUACAAACAUGUUUACAGUGUUGGCACUUACAGUUUAAAAUCUUUGUUCUGCCUUGGGCCAGCUCAGAGCUGUGGGGGAACAGAAACCAGAUGUAAGUGAUGUUCUGUCUGCAAAUUACAGUGCUUACUCCCAUGGCCCGUUAAUAAAUGUAGCACCAAAAUGGAGAACCGUAAUUAUUUCAUUUGAAUAUCAUGGUGUAAAAUAUCACUUGUUUGCUGCCUUCAGAAUACUAUAAAUUCCAUUUUAUGGAAAUACAUUAAUAUUGGGACUGUUUAAUAGCACAAGAUAAUCUGAAGUGUUGACCAAUUGUGUAAGUUGAUAAUACCACCUCAGGAAUUAGCUUGGCUUUUGGAACAUGUGCCCCCAAAGAGUACAUGAAAUUCCACAUAAUAUUUUACAGCUAAACAUACCUUGUUUAUAAUGAUAAAUUGUUGAUUUAUGCUUUCGUGGUUGUACAGUUUGUUCCCAUGUAACCUGUUUGUGUUUAAUAUUUUACCAGAUUUCUUGUAUUUAUUCCACAUCAUUAUGCCUGUAAUGUGCAGCUUUGUAAUUAGGCACUUGCCUACAGAAAAGAAAAGAAAAAAAAAAACAACACGUUUUUUUCCUUCAUGAUUAAUGAUUAUUAACUAUGUAAAACCACUAGUACUGGUACAUUUUAAUACUUGUUAUUUUGUACUGAAUUAACCAUAGAGGUUGGUUGUGCAAUGUUAUUUAAUGUCGUAAUUACUGUAAUAUCAACAUAUGGGCCCCAUCUGCACACUCUUGUGAAGAAUAGAAAGUUCAUUAAGAAAUUGUCACUUUAAAAAAUAAAAAUCAAAAAAAAAGCUGUGGUAAACUCUGUAACCCUAAGUUAGAAGGCUGUAAGUGUAGUAAAUGUGCCAUUCUCUAAUGGCUUCUUGACCGAGAUGGACUUUACAUACUGUACUGUGAUGUAGCUUUCCUAUGUAACAGUUAUGUUCGGAAAUGGACGUGUAUUGUUGCCUUAGAAAAAGGGUGGUGUUUGGAAAGAAAGAACUGUAGCCCCUUUUCUUUUUUUUAUCUGAUGUUCAUUGAAACAAAAUCUGAUGCAAGUCAUCUUGAUUCACUGGUGCACUCUAUUAAAACUUACUUGAACAGUUCUCAUACUAAAA